AGUAGAUUCCAGGAGCAGCUGGAAACGUAACAUUGUUCAAAGCAGAUAAUUAAUGGUUCACUUUUCAUGUUUUACUGACGGUUACAAUUGUCUGGACUUAUUUUGAGUUCGUACGCUUAACUCACAACAUAAUGCAGAGUCUGACAGACGAUACACUAAGCUUUGCCUCGAGCCUCGAGAGUUUAAAGUCGCAACAACACACAGGCUGGCAUGGGAUGGAUGUUAGUGUGAAGAUCACGGAUGAAAGUUAUCAGCAGCAGCAUGUUGAUAUGAUGAGUCACAAGCAAGCCUGCAUUGACCUGGAGAAGGCAACUCUGUUCAUCACUCAGGUUUUGCAGCAUGCAGUAGGUCGAAACCGGGAGCUUUGUGUAUUGAUCCGUCGUCUGGAGCAGAAGGAUGUGGAGACUGGGCGGAGUCUAACAGAACUGGCAGAGUCAAACCGCCAGCUGCAGGCGAAAAUUGAUGAACUACAGAAACAUCUGGAGGAAAAAGACCACUCCCUUACACAAGCCAACCAGAGUCAGAUGGACUUGUCUGAGGGUCCAAGGCCGCUGGAGGAUCCAAUGUCUCGUAUUAAAGAAGAGGCUCAGGAUGAUUCGGCAGUGCAGCGAACAGAACAGCCAAUAUCAUCAGCAGCAGACAUUAAAGAAGAAGAAGAGGAGGAGGAUGAUAAUGAUCAGAUUCAGCAGGUCUCGUGUGAUGGUCCGGUCUCUGGAUUUAAAGAAGAAGAUGCUGACAAUGGAGAGCUUAAUGUGAAACGGACAGGACUAUGCGCCUCAUCCUCCAUGGCCCCUUCAGGGAGUCCCACGUCCAGCUGGACCCUACAAAAAGAGCUGGAGGAGUCCGGAAGAUUGUCCCGUCCUCUGCGUAAACACAGCUCCCAGCUCAAGUCUUGUCAUUACUCUCUCACAGGAGAAAAGCCAUACCACUGCAAUCAGUGUGGCAAGAGUUUUCGUCAAGCGGGAACUCUCAGAGUUCACAAACAUAUUCAUACAGGAGAGAGGCCGUAUAAAUGCAUUCAGUGUGGCAAGAGUUUCAGUCAGCCGGGAAAUCUCAGAGUUCACCAACGAAUACAUACAGGACACAAGCCGUAUGAAUGCAAUCAGUGUGGCAAGAGUUUCUUUCAAGAGGGAGACCUCAAAAGACACCAGCGAAUACAUACAGGAGAGAGGCCGUACAAAUGCACUCAGUGUGGCAAGGACUUCAAUGUGAAGGGACAUCUCAAAAGACACCAGCGUGUUCACACAAAAGAGAUGCCCUACCAGUGCAGUCAGUGUGUGAAACGGACAGGAUUAUGCACCUCAUCCUCCAUGGCCCCUUCAGUGAGUCCCACGUCCAGCUGGACCCUGCAAAAAGAGCUGAAGGAGUCUGGAAGAUUGUCCCGCCCUCUGCCUAAACACAGCUCCCAGCUCAAGUCUUGUCAUUACUCUCUCACAGGAGAGAAGCCAUACCACUGCAAUCAGUGUGGCAAGGGUUUCAGUCAAGCAGGAAAUCUCAGAGCUCACAAACGAAUUCAUACAGGAGAAAGGCCGUAUAAAUGCACUCAGUGUGGCAAGAGUUUCAGUCAAGCGGGACAUCUCAGAGCUCACAAACAUGUUCAUACAGGGGAGAAGCCAUUUAAAUGCAUUCAGUGUGGCAAGAGUUUCACCCUCGAGGGAAAUCUCAGAGUUCACCAGCGAAUACAUACCGGAGAGAGGCCAUGUAAAUGUAAUCAGUGUGGCAAGAGUUUCUCUCAAGAGGGAGCUCUCAAAAGACACCAGCGAAUACAUACAGGAGAGAGGCCGUACAAAUGCACUCAGUGUGGCAAGGACUUCAAUGUGAAGGGACAUCUCAAAAGACACCAGCGCAUUCACACAGGAGAGAGGCCGCACCAAUGCACUCAGUGUGGAAAACGCUUCAGUCGAUUAGAACAACUCAAAAUACACCAGCAUGUUCACACAAAAGUUUAGUUAAUCCACAAUGUCAUCAUGUGAAUGAGCUCAUAUGCACCAGAAUGUGUUGUCUCUGCAGCACCACUGUUCCUAGAUCAGCAUGAUUUAUUUCAUAUUCACAUUUAUAUUUGUUUUAUUUUCUUAUAGUGUCACAGUAUUAGACGUUUCUUGGUGUUUUAUGCCCUCAAUGUUGUCUUCAAGGCAGCACUGCCUGGAAGGCACUAGGGUUAGGCAUGGG